CACUGCGGUAGGCCGCCCUGGGGGCCGGCAGGACCCUGGCCCCAAGAUGGCGGCGCCCAGCGAAGAGGCCGCGGCUGCCGCCGGCGAAAACGAUGGAGUGGGCAGCGGCUUUGGAUCGUGGCUAGACGAACGGUUGGAGGCGCUGGGAGUGGACCGAGCCGUUUACGGCGCCUACAUCCUGGGUGUCCUGCAGGAGGAGGAGGAAGAAGAGAAGCUGGACGCGUUGCAGGGUAUCCUCUCUGCUUUCCUGGAAGAAGAUUCCCUCCUUAACAUCUGCAAGGAGAUUGUGGAACGAUGGUCAGAAACUCAGAGUGUUGUCACCAAAGUGAAAAAAGAAGAUGAGGUCCAGGCCAUUGCCACCCUCAUUGAGAAGCAGGCACAGAUUGUGGUGAAGCCCAGGAUGGUGUCAGAAGAGGAGAAGCAGAGGAAAGCUGCCCUCCUGGCCCAGUAUGCUGACGUGACAGACGAAGAGGAUGAAGCAGAUGAGAAGGAUGAUUCAGGUGCCACCACGAUGAACGUUGGUUCUGACAAAUGUAUCCUUCUCUGUGUCCAUCACCAUGUGUUUCUCCAUAGAAUCUUCUUGAGGCUCUGUUCCGAAACACCAAUGUGGAAGAUGUCCUCAAUGCCCGAAAACUGGAGCGAGACUCGCUUCGGGAUGAGUCCCAAAGGAAGAAGGAACAAGACAAGCUGCAGAGGGAGAGGGACAAACUAGCCAAGCAGGAGCGCAAGGAAAAGGAGAAGAAAAGGACACAAAGAGGGGAGCGAAAGCGAUAACCUUGGUCCACUCUAUUCUUUCUCCUCGUGAACUUGGUCAAUGGGAGAACUGGUUGUGCACAUGUGUAUUUAAGAGAAAUGAGAGAACAUUGCAAAGUGGUUUCCCAAGGCAUUUCCCCUUUUGUUUACAUGGUCAAAAGGAAAAUUACAAACACUUCUAAUUACAAAAUGUGCUGUCUCUGUGGUGUGGGUAAUCAGAUUAUUGUAGUUGGUGUCUGUACCAAAGAUCUGGAAUGGGGGCAACCUUUAUAUUUUAAUCCUGAAGUCCUGUACUCCUUUUGGCCACUUUAAAAAGUCUUCCCUCACCUUGGAUAAACAGCAGGAAUGUUCAGAAAGCUGAGUUUUUAUCGUGAAGGAGCAGAAUCAUGACCACUCCCUCCCUGAGGUGAAAUGUAGGAGUGUCAAUUGCUUCGGAAGUAGUAUUCCGAAUGUAUUGUUUUAUGGCUGAAAUAGGAAGCUAAUGAAGAACUCUGUCUGGAUCUAGAUUUUUAUGUUACAUGUCAACAAACUAGGAAAGUGAGAAGAAGUUAGUUGGUGGAUAUUCUACAUUUGAGGUUUUUUUGUUUGUUUGUUUCAGCCUAUGGUAGGAAACAGUAUCUUUUAAAUAGAGAUAGUUAAGUAUUUUUCCUUAUCUAGGCUGUGAUUUUAAGAAGGAUGUGUCAGUAUUGAAUGCAAGAAUAUCACUGUUAGCUAGAUUCAUUUCUUAUAAUCAUGAAUCCUCUUGAGUGCUACUAGAGAUUCUAGUCUUGAUCUGCCCUAAAACAUGAGUAUAAAGACCUACCUGCUAAUUACAGGUUUAGAGGAACUCUUUUAAGGAAGAAACACUGGAAAUCUCUGCUAACACAAAGAUAUUUAAGAGUGUACAUAGUAGUUGCUCAACAAAUUUAUUGAAUGAGUGAAUGGAAAAACUGGGAGAAUCAAAAGUGAGCAGGAACUCUCCAUUUCUACUUUUGUCACAUGUCACAUUCAGUUGUAAAUAGGCCUUUCUCUACUUCAGGCAGCAGACUGUCAAGCCUGAAGAAAGCAGUUUCUCUGACAAGACAGAAAGUAGAUAUUUUAUACCAGGGGUGGGCAAACUACUGCUGGCAACCAAAUUUGGCCCAGUCUGUUUUUUUCUGGUGCAAAUGUUAAUGGAUUUUACAUUUUUAAAGGGUUGUAAAAGAAAAAAAUACAUGACAGAGGCCUUAUGGACAUAUAAAGCCUAAAAUACUACCUGGCCCUUCAGAGAAAAUGUUUGCUGACCUCUGUUUUAUACCAUUAACUAUGAGAGUAACAAAAAUUUUUACCUUCGUGCAGAAGGUAAAAAGCAUGGUUAAGGAAAAGAUGUGUUACCUCUAUACACUCCUAUAACCAUGGCAUUGCAAAAAAAUUUUUAAAUAACCACCUUAAAAAUAAAAUAAACUAUUUAAAUCACU